UACAGAAAUAUUAUUAAUGCUUUUCUGAUGAUUUAUCAUUUAGUGUUUUGUGAUUUUUUGGGUGCAAAUAGCCUAAUAUUCUACACCGGAGUGCUUCAAAAACGCUGUUCAUACGUGUGCUUUGUUUUAAUUCAUGGUUAAUUUGAAAGACAGAGAUAUGGUGCAUAAAUGAACUGAAAAACAAACAUCCAAUCCAUGCAUCAGUGUUCAUAGUGAAUGCUAAAGUGCAAUAAAUGUCCCUAAAAUGACUUUUAUAAUAGUAAGUGGUGAAAACAGUGAAGUAAAGUGGAGUAAAAUGCCACAAACUAAAAAAGACACACAUUGAGAAACAUUACACUUUAAAGAGGACAUGAGAUUAUGCUUGUUGCUUUCCUAAAAGUGAUGAAGCACUGUCAGAUUCUUGAAGGAAACCAACUCAAACUGCUAAUUAAUUACCAUGUGCUGCUGAUUCUAGGUCUGAACACUGGAAAUAUAAUUAUGUUUGAGAGUAUCAGUAAAUCUGCUUUCGACUUUACAUUCUAGCAAUAAAAUAAUCUAUCUUUUACAAACUGGCAAAAAUCACACUGAAAUGUUAAGUACAACUAAUAAUAAUUCCUAUUCUACCAAAACUCUGAACCUUGUGCGAUCCUUGUUUUCUUCACUUGGGGGCGGUAGCGUUCCAGUUGAAGGCAAACCGCCAUUUCGAUAAAGUCGUGGAAGAAGGCGCUACUCUCGCGAGAUUUCACUUAAAUAUAACGCGGGACAGAAAAUGAUCCGUUGAACCAAACAACGUCAGAUACAAAGUCGGGGGUAAAUGAUGUUUAGCUAGAUGAAAGCUGUAAGAAACGACACUGUCGUCUUUCGUAUCCAUUCUUUGAGGAUAUUUCGCCUAUUUACAGAAAGCGCAGCCUAACAAAGUUAGCGUUACUGUUUGAGUGUUAAUCACGUUUGUUUGUUAUCUUCGGCUAACCAGCGGCUCGGUGUCAAAAUGGAUCCUACAGAGGACUUGUCUGCUCGGGUUCUGCUGCACAAUAUCCUCAGCAUCGAGUCACCCAAGACUCCUAUCACCAGCAGGUACUGUAUAGCUGUUUUGAGCAAAACCUAGCAAACUUAAGCCACCUAAGACAUCACUAACGUUCCUCCUCACUGCUGACCUGACUCCGUAUGCUUAGUUGUUUGCUUGUGUAUACAUGCAUGGAAGUUGGAGUAGUUUUAUCCCAAGAUGCCAUACAAAUUCCGAUUUAUAGCAAACAAGUCCAGAUGUCUUUAUGUCCAUUACUAAGCUGUCUUGACUCUAGUGUCUCUCGGGGAGCCAGUAGCAGCGGGACCCGACAGAGUGCCAGACUGAGGAAGAAAAAUGCAGGUCCCCAAACCCCACAGGACAUCCUUAGACGCAGCCUGAAACACAAAAUACGUGAGAGUAUAACCAGAAAGUCCCUGCCUGCUACUAGAAGGAGGACUGCCUCAGUUGCACUCAGAAAGACAAACACACCUGCUCCAGUGCUGUUUGAUGACGCGGACACUCCGAGGCACAUACUCAUGAACAUCCUGCAGACAGAGCCUGUGCAUUCCCCUGUGGUUCAUGAGGAAGGGGCGUUUGGAGAACCAGCGGCACCUUCAGACAAAUCCGUUGUUUCCAGGACACAUUCGAGUAUUGAGCUGUCAGGAUUGGAUCUGCCUGAUAUUACUAUAGGCAAUAUACCAAGCACUGCAAAAGGACUGAGCCGAAAGAGACCACGUAGGAGCCUGAAUGUAACAGCUUUUGAAAAACGACUAAAAGUUAGCGAUGAUGCUGAAGAGGUAACUGAAGAAUCAAUAGACAACCCUUCAUUACUAUCUUUGUCAAGUUCUUCUUCCUUGAGUCUAAAAACGCCCUUCGUUGGUGGUCAGACAGAGAAAAGGGGCUUGCAGAGAAGAGUUUCAAACCGACGAACAAUCACAGUGGAAGAAUUUGGUGCAGCUGUAAAGAAACUGCAGAUGGGAGCUAUGAGCAGGGAUGCAGUGGUACAGCGGGAUCUUGGUGAGACCGCCUUCUCUGAAGGCUUCACCUUGGGUCUAAGCAAACUCAGUGAGCCUGACAUCACAACUGAUAUCGUAAACUGUAACACGGCUCUGUACGACCAGCCUGAUGCCAUCACCUCUAACUUCUCCAUUGUUGCAACUCAGGAUAAACCCACAGUUAUGGCCUCUCAGCUUCAAAGACAGAUCGAGCAGGAAGAGCAGGUGGAAAAGGAGCAGAGCAACCUGGGAAACAACAUUUAUGUGUUUCCAAGCGAAGAAGAGGUUGGGGAUGAAGUUGAAAUUGACACAUGCGAUUCGGAGUCUCCGUCACAGGAAGAUGUUGAGGAAGCUGUUCAAGAUCCUGCAGUUGUGUUGAAACCUGAGGAAGAAGAUGUGGCUGAAUCUCAGACUAGUGUAACAGAUGAUGUGGCUGAGUCUGAAGAAGAAGCAAACAGAGUGGAAACUCAAACCGAAGAGGAAGGUGCCACUGAUUCCCGUCCAGAAGAGGAUGUUGAAGCCGGUUCUAACUCUGAGGAAGCUGAGGUUGCACCAGAUUUGCAAACUGAAGAAGAGGAGGAAAACGCAGCUGAAGCUCAAACUGAAGACGAAAGUGCAGUUGAUUCCCAACCUGAAGAGGAUGUUGAAGCUGGUUCCUCUCAGGCUGGGGAAGAUGAGGCAGCGCCAGCCUCUCAAACCGAAAAAGAAGACGAGGAGGAAGAUGGUGAAGCUGAAUCUCAAACUGAAGAAGGUGGAGCCCUUUCUCAGUUUGAAGGAGAUGCUGAAGUAGAGUCCCAGUCUGACAGGGAAGAGGGUGAGGCUGAGUCUCAGAACAACGAUGAUGACAAUGGGAAACAGAAGGAGGAAGAGCAGACAUCCAAACAGCUGAAAGGUGCCUUGGAUCACAUCAGUCAAAGGGCUUAUCGCUCAGAGGGUGCACUCAUUGUUCCUGUUAGGAAGGCUGGGGAGGAUUUGGCCAACAACACUGUGGCAGGAUGGUCUGAUGCCAGAUACAAAGCAGACAGUGCUCUUGAUUUACACAGCGGCUUAGAAAUGGGCAGCUAUGAGGGCAGUCAGCCUCAUGCUGGGGAGCCUGACUUCACUGAUUCCUCACCUGAAGGACAGACAGAUAACGAACCUGAUGCUAAUAAAGAGAACUCCUUCCAUCCACCGGAAAUGGCCCAGGAUACUGAAGACAGCGGGCACCCGAGGGAUGCUUCCCCCGAACAGCCUCCUGCAGAGGAGGCUUCUGAACAGGAGGAAGACGAGUAUGAUGAUGAAGAGGAUGAAGAGUUUCCCUGUACGACUCCAGCAUUUGUUCGAGAGAAGAGGAACUUUUUGCAGCCUGAGCCUUCCACCUCACCAUCUGUUUUUAAAAAUAUCCAAGCCAGUAGGACAAGUGAAGCUUUGGCUUCAACUAAACCUAAGCAAGUGAGACAGAGGAAGAAGGGUCCUGCUAAGAAAUCGGCAGGUCUUCCUAAGAGCUACCUGAUGGCUGUCUUCAGGCACUUUGCCAAAACGAAAGUCUCUGCGGAUGUUUACCCCGUCCUAAGCGAGACAAUGGAUAAAUUCUUUGACCGGCUGGUGGAGGAUUUGGAGACGUACGCUGCCCAUGCGAAGAGAAAAACCAUAGAGGUUGAGGAUUGUAUACUUCUGCUGAAAAGGCAGGGUUAUGUGAACGACAAGGUGCCGGUAGAAGUGCUCAUUGAAAAAUAUCUCAGCAUGCAGCAGAGAAAACUUCUAAUCCCCAUUGCAACCAGCGGAAAUGUUGUUAUCCCUAAAAUGCGGAGGUGAAUCUUUUAUUUGCAGCUGCAUUCUGUCUGUCUUAUUGUCUGUAUUGUACAGUGUAAGAAUGAAUGAGUACACAUCUGUAUUUUUGCUCUGUCAAACUCUUCACAAUUCCAGCAGAAAUAUUAUCCCUAAAAUGCAGGAGGAACUUUUUAUUAACGGCUACGUUUAAUGUUUUCUGAUUUCAUUUCUGACUGUUAAUUAUUACACUUUUUGUCUUAUCUGUAUAUGUGUACAUAAUAAAGCUUCAGUUUGUGGACAGCAGUUUUAAAUAAAGAUUUUUUAAAAUACA